GCGCAGAGGACACCAAGAUGGCGGCGGCGGCACGAGCGCUUCCUGUGGGCUCUGGGCUCCGGGAUCUGCAACGCACGCUACCUCUGGUAGUGAUUCUCGGGGCCACCGGCACUGGCAAGUCCACCCUGGCGCUGCAGCUAGGCCAGCGGCUCGGUGGCGAGAUCGUCAGCGCUGAUUCUAUGCAGGUCUAUGAAGGGCUAGACAUCAUCACCAACAAGGUUUCUGCCCAAGAGCAGAGGAUCUGCCAGCACCACAUGAUCAGCUUUGUGGAUCCUCUCGUGACCAGUUACACAGUGGUGGACUUCAGGAACAAAGCAACUGCUCUGAUUGAAGAUAUAUUUGCUCGAGACAAAAUUCCUAUUGUCGUGGGAGGAACCAAUUAUUACGUUGAGUCUCUGCUCUGGAAAGUUCUUGUUAAUACCAAGCCUCAAGAGAUGGGCACUGGGAAAGCAAUUGAUCGGAAAGCAGAGCUCGAGAAGGAGGAUGGCCAUGUGCUCCACAAACGCCUAAGCGAGGUAGACCCAGAAAUGGCUGCCAAACUGCACCCACAUGACAAGCGCAAAGUGGCCAGGAGCUUGCAAGUGUUUGAAGAAACAGGAAUCUCUCACAGUGAAUUUCUUCAUCGUCAGCAUGCAGAGGAAGGUGGUGGUCCCCUUGGAGGCCCUCUGAAGUUUCCUAACCCUUGCAUCCUCUGGCUUCAUGCUGACCAGACAGUUUUAGAUGAGCGCUUGGAUAAGAGAGUGGAUGACAUGCUUGCUGCUGGUCUCCUGAAGGAACUAAGAGAUUUUCACAGGUGCUAUAAUGAGAAGAAAGUUUCAGAAAAGAGCCAGGACUAUCAACAUGGUAUCUUCCAGUCAAUUGGCUUCAAGGAAUUUCACGAGUACCUGAUCACUGAGGGAAAAUGCACACCAGAGACUAGUAACCAGCUUCUAAAGAAAGGUAUCGAUGCUUUGAAGCAAGUAACUAAAAGAUAUGCCAGGAAGCAAAACCGAUGGGUUAAAAACCGUUUUUUGAGCAGACCUGGUCCCAAUGUCCCCUUGGUAUAUGGCUUAGAGGUGUCUGACGUCUCCAAGUGGGAGGAGUCUGUUCUCAAACCUGCUCUUGAUAUCGUGCAAAGUUUUAUCCAGGGCCACAAACCUGCCGCCACUCCAAUAAAGAUGUCAUACAAUGAAACUGAGAACAAAAGAAGUUACCAUAUGUGUGACCUCUGUGAUCGGAUCAUCAUCGGGGACCGAGAGUGGGCAGCACAUGUGAAAUCCAAAUCUCACUUGCACCACCUGAAGAAAAGAAGAUUGGACUCAGAUGCCAUCAGUACCAUGGAAAGACAGAGUCUUUCUCCAAACCAGAACAUAGAACUUAAGGAGAAGGGAUCCUUGGGACAGCAGGAUUGAGAGCUACAAUCAAGCAUUUAAGAGAUAUCCUCGGUGGCCUUUGCAAAGGAAGAAGGGAUAAGUUCAGGAAGGAGGUUACAUCUAUUUCUCCUGCCUGGGCUGCGGAAUGCUGGACAGAAAACCCACCACGUUUCUUGUGGUGUGAAGGCCUCAUGUCCCCGGCAGCAGGCCUUUCAGCUCCUGUGUGGCUGUUGUGUCUGGUAAUGAUGUAGUUCAGGGUGGGUUUCUU